AUGGCCUCCAAAGAAGGCAACCAGAUUUUCAUCACUGUUAGGAGAGGGAAGCAAUACCCUCCCAGGACCAUCGAUGUCAGGAUCAAGUAUGAGCAGACCAUCCGCGACCUGAGGGAGGCUGCCGCCGCCUCCUUCGGCCUCUCCCUGGACCUGCUGCAGCUGUUCUGGAGGGGCAGGGAGCUCACCUCCGCCACCGAUGGGCUCACCCUCCUGGAGGCCAACCUCCACACCGGCUUCUCCCUGCAGGGCUACGACCUGAGCGAGGCACCAGACUACUGGCCGGCCGUGGUCCAAACCCCAGAGGGACUGGCCUUUGAGACUGUGGCUGCGGCUGCAUCUUGA